CUGUACAGUAGGUUCUGUACUAAACAAAAUAUAUACCCGCCAAAAUAACGUGGCGUUAAUCUCUUCUCUUAACCUAAAGAAUUUGAUGAAAAAUUCCAUCAAUCAAUCGGAUGAUGAAUGAAAAGGAAUUCAACUUUCCGAAUAUGGUUCCUCACUCAUGGGAUUCCAAAAUGAAGUAAGUAGAUAUCUUCUUCCCGCUGCAAGUUGUAAAUGAUAUGGAUCUGAUUCCAUUAUUACCAGAAUUUUAAAUCAUAUCAGAUUUUUGCCUAUUUAAUCUCAAGAUGCGAAUUCUAAAGAAACCCUCUUCUUCUUCUUCAUCAUCAAUUUCCAUUUGUAUCUCUUUCCUAAAUCUUCAAUUCCUUUCUACUUCUCGUGUUGUUAGGUUCCAUUGUAGAGCUUCUAGUGAUACUUCUAAUAAUCAACCAUUUGAAACCCUAAGAAAGAAAAUCAAUAACAUCGAUAUCCGAGGAGGAGCGAAGCAGUUGCAUACGAGACAUACGAUGGAUGGGGCAGGUUUGGUCGAUGAAAAUAUUGGCAGAAAUGAUGGAGGGCGGUGUAUUUGGUCAUCUCAAGGAUGGACGAGUAAGAUUGAACUACGGAAUCAGAUAUUCUGUAAUCGGUCUUUGAAUAUGAAGAACAUUGUGGCUGUGGGUUUUGAUAUGGAUUAUACAUUAGCACAGUACAUGCCUCAGACUUUUGAGUCUCUUGCUUAUGAUGGAACUGUCAGGAAGCUGGUUUAUGAUUUAGGAUACCCUACCGAGUUACUAGAGUGGUCAUUCGACUGGGAGUACAUGGUCAGGGGCUUGGUUCUCGAUAAGAAGAGAGGAAAUAUCUUGAAGAUGGAUCGCCAUAAAUAUGUCAAAGUGGCAUAUCAUGGCUUUAGGGAGAUGUCGAAAGAAGAAAAAAUGGCAACAUAUGGAAACACGUUGAUCAGAGAUUCAUUUGAUGAGCCUGAAUAUGCUCUCAUUGAUACUCUUUUCUCACUCGCAGAAGCCUACUUAUUUGCUCAACUUGUUGAUUUUAGGGACAACAAUCCUGGAAAAAUCCCAGAUAAUGUCGACUAUGCCAGAAUGUAUAAAGAUGUUCGAGCUGCAGUUGAUUUGUGCCAUCGUGAUGGAACCUUGAAACAGAUGGUUGCACAGGAUCCUGGAAAGUAUAUCAAUGAUGAUACCUCAAUAGUACCAAUGAUCAAAAUGCUCAGAGAUUCUGGUCGUUCAACCUUCUUGGUGACGAAUAGUUUAUGGGACUACACAAAUGUGGUGAUGAAUUUCCUUUGUGGGCACCACACUAUGGGUGGUAGUUUGCCAUGCAAUUUUGAUUGGCUUGAAAAUUUUGACGUCGUCAUUACGGGAAGUGCUAAGCCAGGAUUUUUCCAUGAAGAGAACCGCGCAAACCUAUUUGAAGUUGAACCUCACUCUGGGAUGCUCCGAAAUACAGACAAUGGCACACCUAUGGCUCAGGUAGGAAGCACUUCUCCAGCAAUAUCAUUAGCGGGAUUGAAAAAGGGUUGUAGAGUUUUCCAGGGAGGAAGUGUUGGUCACCUGCAUAAGCUUCUUUCAAUUGAAUCAAGUGCACAGGUACUUUAUGUUGGAGAUCACAUCUAUGGAGAUAUUUUGCGUAGCAAAAAAGUCCUAGGUUGGAGAACAAUGCUUGUUGUUCCAGAGCUUGAGAGGGAGGUAGAACUCCUCUGGAAAUCCAGGGACAUUCGUAAGCAAUUGCGGCGUUUGAGAGAAGAACGUGCUUUGGUGGAGGACAACAUACAUCACUUAAAGUGGUCUCUGAAGUAUGAAGCUGCUGAUGAUAGCAACAAGGAAAAGUUAUUGUCUCAACUCAGUGAAUUGGAGAUCCAAAGAGAACAAGUCCGUCUCCUUCAUCAAGAGGCACAGAGAGAAUGUCACCACAAAUUUCACAAGGUGUGGGGGCAGCUCAUGAAGACUGGUUAUCAGAAUUCUCGCUUUGCUCAUCAGGUGGAGAGGUUUGCCUGCCUUUAUACCAGCCAAGUCACCAACUUAAGCUUAUACUCUCCUGACAAAUACUACCGACCCAGUGAAGACUUCAUGCCUCAUGAAUUUAAUAUAUUGGAAUUAUAAGUAGGAUGUGUUUUGAUGUCUGGAUUCAUCACCCUAAGAAGAAUUGAUCAAAGUUAAUCAUUUUGUAAUUAUUCACUGAUGUUAAGUUUAAUAAUUACAUCCGAAGAAGAAGUUGUUGAUUAAUCACUUGACUUUUGCUUUUACUUUUCAGUAGGUGUUCAUAGUUUAAUCUGUAUUAUAUCCCGAAAGAUAUGGUAAAUAUUGUUAAUAGAAUUGGCCUUGUUGCCAUUUUUCUUC